CUUCGACGAGACGUCGAUGGACAGCUGUAUAUUGGCUACCAUCGACGAGGGCCGCCGAGUCAGUGACUUGUCGGGCGAGUCGAUGAAGGACAGUAACGAGGUGGAAGUGACGUCACUGGAGGAAGCCAAGUCGGUCAUAGCGGCACUCAGAGCGAGACAGCGGGCACAAGCCCACCAAAUGCUCGCCUGGCGAAGGACCCUUAAAUUGCAGGAGGACCUGGUGGCCCGGCUGACGCGGGAGAAAGCCGAGCAACUGCGGACGCUGUCGUCGCAGCUUCUGCUGUUCGAGUCCAGACUCUGCAGGAAGCAGAAGGAGAUCGAGGCUAGUCUGAGUCAGCGAGAAUCUAUUAUUCUACGCCAACAAAGGGUGAUCCGGCAAUUGCAGAACAGAUUGGCGGAGAGGAGCACGAGCACCAGGGACUCGCCACCUUGCGACGCCCUGGACAGACUGGACAGUCUCGGGGACAGCGAUAGCGCCGUGGUACUCGAGGAGACCGCGGACGAUCCUGCCCCACCGAGGUUUCGUUCUAAUAUUACUGAUGUAACUGUGAUUCGUUCGGUAUCCGACGCUGUGGAACCGUCGAAUAAAUAUUCGUCGAUGCGACGGUGCAACGGAUUUCUCAGAAGACCAGAGAUUCUGGAAACCGUGUAUUCCGUGGAAGAGGACGGUGACAGCGAGAAUACAGAUCCGUCGGAGUCGACCGAAAACUCGGAAUACGAGGAUAAGAGAAUGAAAAACUUGGGUAACGGAAAAGGCAGGCUUCAGGAUCUCUACGGCAGUUUCGAGAGGCUGGCUCAAGACACGGAUUCUUCGCCCAGCGAAAGACCCAGAGACGAAAGUCAGCAGGCGCAGGUGACAUACAAUAGGGUAAUGAGCAAUCAUAGAUCUGUGACGAAGCCAAAAGACGUGAAGUACAAGAGGAUAAAUAAAGCAAAAUCGAAAAGUCUUGAGGAACUUAGAGGACGUCUUAGAAAUUGGGUCGAGAAAGGGAAUAAAAUAGCUAUAUCGUUAGAUCAGUCAUAUGCUUGAGCUUACUAUCUCCGUAUAUGAAAGUAUAAAUAUAAAUUAUUUUAUGAACCAUUGUAAUAACUGUUGUCAAUCGUAUAAUGCCCGAAAUUAAAUUUUAUUUGUAAGAUUAAGGAAUUUUUAUCUUUAAAAGUAGAGUCGCUACGGUAUUUAAUUGAAAUAUCAUUGUUUCUUGUGAUAUUUACUGUAGUAUUUCUUAUAUUAAUUAUAUGCACUUAGGUCAAAGAUAAAUAAUUUGAGACUUGUGAUAUGAUUUUAUUAUAUACAAAAGCGCAUAGUUAGGAAGAAUUUAUUAUCCGACAAAGAAAUAAUUAACCUUGAAAUACCAUGGUAAAAAUUUAAUGACAAAUAUUGUAUGUGAGUCUAUAUCUACUACUUUAUAUAUUUAUUAUAACCAUUUUUAUUGUGAUUAAAUAUAAAUCAACAUUUUUACACUUGUUUCUUAAAUACAAAAUAUAUAAAAAAUUUUAAACAAUAUUAGAUGCAUUGUUAUAUUAAAAAUGUAAAUAAUUAUUCUAAUUAUUUAUAUUUUUAAUAUAAUUAGAAACUAGAAUUUAUAAUAAUUAAAUUUGAUUCUAUCAUGGUACUCAAGAGUUAAAUAAUAAUUCGAAAUGUGUGACGUACGUCCGUAAACUGCACAUGAACUUUAUUCACAUUUUCGAUAUUUCUUUCUUGUGUUAAUAGCAAACACAUAACUUGUGUUGCCACAUUCUAAAUAUGUACAAGAGAAAUUUUAGGAGGCCUAAAUAUAUACAUAUAUUGAUGAACUACAAAUAUAUAAUUAAGUACACAUUUUUGAGCAAUCAAUUUAUUGUUAACAUGAAAAUGUUAAACAUGACGUUUCUCUAUCUACACAUACCCGAUUAAAACAGGAUAUUUUUUCUUAUUACUUUUUAUAAUUACACGCUGAAUUAAAAAUAUUAUGUUUUGCUGGAAAAAAUGUAGAGUUAAAUAUUUUUUAAAUAUAUUUUUAUAUAUUACAAAUAAUUUAUUUAGAAAUUAUAUAUAAAACUUAUAGAUUUUUUUAUUAAACAUAAUUAAAUUUAAUUGAAAUUUUUAUUAAAAAAUUAUGAAUGGGCUUAUUUAAUUUAAUAAACUUAUUAAAAAUAAAGGCACGUUGAGAAUAAAUUUUUAAAAUUUAUUUGAAACUAAAAGAUUUGUCAAAACACAUUUAUUAAAUCACAUAAAAUGAAGUUAAGAGAAAUCAAAUUAAAUAAACUAAAUUAUUUAAGUCGAUAUUAUUUGUGUUUUUCUACAAACAGAUAUUGAGAGGGCAUUGUAUUUUAUAUUUCUCACUUGAAGUCUACUUAAAGUCUUAAAAACCUUAGGAAAAAUGAUAAUCAAAUUUUAUAAAACAAAAAAAUAUAUUAAGCAAUUUUAAUAAAAUUUAUUUACAUAAAAGUAAAAAAAUUUUAUUUAAUGUUUCGUAUUAAUCCAAAAAGCCUAUUUACAAUUAAAACAUAAUGGCUUAAUUUGAGGACUUUUAUCAACGAUUACAUUAUUCUAUUUUGAACAUUUUCAAUAAAUUAAAUAAAACAAUUUUUAAUCUUACAAUUUAAGAGCACUAUAAAUUUUGGUUCUACACAUUAAAAUCAAAAUUUCAUAAAAUUCAGAUAUAUUUUAUUGUAUAAAUAGUAACAUAUAAAGUUCUAAAGCUACAUGUACUUUUAUAUGAAUAUAAACUCUCUGGCGUGUCGCGCAUGGACUAUACGCAUUGUGUGUACGGUAGCAUUUUAUAAAGAAAAAAAUGUCUUCGUAAUUGCACUGUUUAUAAUGAAAUAUUGUUAUACGCACGCGCAUAUUUUACCAUUCUUCUCAUAAGAUAGAAAAAUACGCUUGGAAAAAUUUGUUUUGGUACAAACUGUUUGUAAAGCGCAAUUUUGGACGUAUUUUAUUGGAUUAUUUCAGUAUCAUGUUUUCAAGAACAAAUGAGUAUAAAAACGCUACUGACAAUCUGUAUUUUUGCAAGAUAAAGAAAGAGAAGGAGCAAACAAAUGCCUCUGGCAAUACCUUUGUAAAUAAUUGGAAAUACAUGGACGUAACGUUUA